UCUUUGUACGGCGGAAAGCGCAAAGCAUGCUGGGGUCGGUGGGGGGGGUGCGGUUUUUUUGAAGACGCCCGGGGCGGGAAUCCUUAAACUGGAUCCCGAAGGAGGAUGCCCCGAAGAGAAAGCAAGACUCGGCGGUAGACGGAGUGGCCGUCCUGCACAGCGCCUUCGGUGUUCGGGGGAAGCCCGGCUGCAUCGCAGUGGCCGCGGCGGUGAGGGAAGGGCGUCUGGGUCCAGGUUAAACUUGCCCUGCCCGGCCCGCUUCGUAGGAAACAAGCACUUGAGACGCGGAAGAGGAGAUGGAGUCUGCGAAUUCUGUGUGUCAAGGCGGAGAGGGCAAAGGAGGUGUUUUAGCUCACUUGGAAAGACUAGAGGCUCAAAUGAAGAGAUCGGAUAGAAAGUCUGAAGAGCCGGCAGCUCACACAAAGGAACGUUCUCUUAGAGCCAAGAUUCAGGAGCUGCGGAGACAGCGAGAUCAGCUGAGGGCUGAAGUGAAGCGACGGCAAACCAGAGUUAAAGCAUCUUCAGCCAAUGAAGACUUAAACCAAACCGUGGAGAUCAGUGAGCAGGAGGUUCUGGAAAGGCAGUGGGGAAACGUGAAAGCCAUCCUGCAGGCCUAUCGGUUUACAGGGCUCAGCGGGAAGCUGACCAGCCGCGGAGUCUGUGUGUGCAUUAGCACUGCCUUCGAAGGGAACCUCCUGGAGUCCUACUUUGUCGACCUCGUCAUAGGGAAGCCACUCCGGAUACACCACCAUUCCAUCCCAGCCUUCAUCCCUCUAGAAAAGAUAGCCAGGGCAUACCUACAGACUGAUAUCCAGCGCUUCCUGUUCAGUCUCUGCGAGCACCUGAAUGCCUACGCAGGGAGGAAGUACCAGACAGACCAACUGGAGGCUGACUUCAGCGCCUUCCUCACUGGACCUUUGCAGAGAAACGCCCUGUGCAACUUGCUGUCCUUUACCUAUAAAGUGGAUCAGGGGCGCGAGACCUCCUCCUUCAGUGCCAGAUUGCUGUAUGAGGACCUCACAGCAACUCUCCCCACAGACGUCGCCGUGACGUGUGCAGCGGCAGAAGCUUCGUCCGCUCGUUGGGAAGAGCACAGGACAUCCCAUGAAAUGCUCUUCCGAGCCAAGCCCCUGCACCAGGUGUUCGCUUCAUUUUCCAAGCAAGUUGAAAGGCUGGAUUUGAGCCUCGUCUCCUGAACAACUCGCUAUUGGGGACAACACCCGAAGUGAAUCCGUCCAUGCUGUCUGCAGUCCAGGACCUGUCGGCAAAGCUGUGGAGAGAGUGAGUGCUUGCCUGGACACCACCCUUGCCGUGAGACUAGACCCCCACUUGGUCGUUUGUUGAGUUCCUGUCUGUGGACACUGGGCGAUCUGGACGGUCUCCUUGAUUGCCUGGUCACUCGGUACAGUACUCCAGAGCAUCUCUUCCUCUCUAAGUACCGGUUGAUUGGCUCAUAUGUGUAUAUUCUUGCUGAGAAUCAGCUCAAUGGGGGGUAACUGAAGACCUUUUGUGGGCAUCUCUAGCUUCUAUGAUUGGGCAUUUAGUUCAGAAGGGAAAGUGUUUAACCCCUGCUUUGGAGUAGCAUGUUCUAGGUCACUGUUUGAUGGGAGAAGUACUUUUGGUAAUUAGGGGUUCUUUGUAUUUAAUAUUGUUUCCUAAAUUACCUUGGUCGAGAGCUGAAGGCCUGAAGUCACUUUGAGAAAUCUGCACCUCAGUCAGUGGACCUCCCCUGUCGUCUCCUCCUGCACGCUCCAGGCCUGGCUGGCUGUCCCCUCCUCUUUCCGUUCCUAAAUGCUCUUAACGCCCCUUUUCCUUCCAACCAUGGCUGCCGCGUGUGCAGCAUGCACUGUUCCUUGGUAGACCUUCUUAACAUCUGUCUAGACCUAUCUGCUGCUCACGCUCUCCUGUUACAAUUCCUGUUUCUCCCCUGCUAGUCCCAAGUAAGACCUUGAUCCUCCACGGGCCCAGCCUUUGGGUCUCCCGGGAACUAGCUGCUUCCUGGAAAUCUCCAUGUAUGGGAGCUCCAGCAAACUCCAGGAAGACCAUAGGAGGGGUGAGCCCGCAUGGGUCGCCCUACCGAGGCUUAGAAUAUAAGGUUCAGUCCCGUUUCCGCCCUCUAGGCACGUGGUGGGGGAGGAGGUGUCGCGGGAACAGAAUUGCCACACGGGUGCCAUCAAGUUGAGUAAAGCUUUUAAUAAAACAGUCCUGUUCUUGGUCAACA